UCCUAGCCCCAGUUCCAGUUCUGUCUCGCUUGAGAUAGGAUUGUUGUGGAGAGAGCUCUGAGCAUUUUAGGUAUUUGGUGUCUUCUCUUACCAUUUCAGGUUUUUUCUCUUCACUGCUCCCACUCCUCUGUCCCUCCUACUAUUGUUAGUGUGCAAGGGCGGGAAGGGAGCAGUUCUCAAUUCGGCUUGCCUCUAAAAACUUUCAACUACCCUCUAUUUCAGUUCCAAUUUGCAUUUGGCUCCAAAUUCUUUUACCUUUAUUUUCUUGAGGGGGCUGCUUUGGCCCAUCUCCCUUUACUAUGCAGGCGGCUCAUUCCGAGGAGCUUAUGCAAGGCUCCCUCUCGGAGAGCACGCAUCGGCCGCAGGACCUGGGCAGUCUAGCGCCCCCGCCGGCUUCUUUAACAUCUUUGCCGGCGUCUGCUUCGGCGGCCAUUUCCCCUGCGCCUCCGGGCGCUUCGUUACCGCCGCCAUGUCCCGCCUCCGCUCAGCCCAGAGCUCAGAGUACCAGAGAGCCAUCGGAGCUGCUCCCUACAAAGGCGAGCAAGAAGACUAAGCAUCUUGCUGACCAGUCUUCUGCCCCUAAGAAAAAGCAAAAGCGCAAGGACUGUAGAAAGGAGGCUCUGCAUAGCGAAGGGCGCAAACGUUGGAGCGAGCGGCUGCUUAUACAAGCGGUUUGCCGCCGCUCGAAGCAGAAGCUCACUGAAAAUGGCGGGAAGACAAAAGAGAAAGUGAAAGGAAAGAGCAAACUGGUGGUUGCAGCGCCUGGAGUCCGGAGCCCGGUGGGCAACCUGCCGGCUCCAGUGCCUAAUUCAGGACAAGACCUUGCGGUAGAGGGGGAACUGGCUGGUCCGUGCUGUCCCCCCCCGCCUCCCGAUGAUUCCCGCGCCAUUUCUCCCGCCAAGCAGCCGACUCCUCUUCUAACCCCGGUGAAGAAGAGGGGAUGGCCGAAGGGCAAGAAGAGGAAGAAGAUCCUCCCCAACGGGCCCAAGGCCCCGGUGACCGGCUACGUCCGUUUUCUGAAUGAACGGCGGGAGCAGAUUCGCAUGCAGCACCCGGACUUGCCUUUCCCGGAGAUCACAAAAAUGCUCGGGGCAGAGUGGAGUAAACUGCAGCCCACAGACAAACAGCGGUACCUGGACGAAGCCGAGCGGGAGAAGCAGCAGUACAUGAAGGAGCUGAGAGAAUACCAGCAGUCGGAAGCCUACAAGAUGUGUGCUGAGAAGAUCCAGGAGAAGAAGAUCAAGAAAGAGGAUGCUGGAUCUGGGGCUAUGAAUGCCCUGUUGAAUGGAUAUAAGGCUGGAGAAGGAGGCAGCGAUGGCUUCUCAACCUUUGACGUCCCCAUAUUUACGGAGGAGUUCUUGGACCAGAAUAAAGCACGAGAAGCCGAGCUGCGGAGACUGCGCAAGGUGAACACGGACUUUGAGGAGCAGAACGCCAUCCUGCAGAAGCACACCGAGAGCAUGAGCAGUGCCAAGGAGCGCCUGGAGCAAGAGCUCGCCCUGGAGGAGAGGCAGACCAUGGCGCUCCAACAGCAACUCCAGUCGGUGCGCCAGGCCCUGACCGCCAGCUUUGCCAGCCUCCCCAUCCCAGGAACGGGUGAGACCCCUACGUUGGGCACCUUGGAUUUCUACAUGGCGAAGCUGCACAGCGCCAUUGAGAGCAACCCCCUGCAACACGAGAGGCUGGUGGUCCGGGUGAAGGAGAUCCUGUCCCGCAUUGCCAGGUGAGCGUGCACCUGAGGAGGAGAGCUGGUCUUCAGUGAGCACUUGUGAGGAGCCACGGAUUUCCUGGAGUGAUGUGAUAGCUUCUCGAUUCAGACCUGCUGUGCUGCUUGACGCUAGUCCUGAUGCACAGCUGCCUUCAUUGUCCGGAUCUUCUCGCUGUGCCUCUUCUCUUUGCCUUCUCUGCUCCUGCCGUCUGUAGCAACCGCUCUCUCCUGUCCCUUCCCCAUUCCCCAGAGCUGACCAGCAGGUCUGUGGUUUGGUAGGACAAUAGAAAGCAGUUUCUAUUCCGGUUUCUUUCCUCGCUUGGGCAGCCCGCUGGAUUUAGGGGCUGUGGCAGUCCGGGGCGGUGGUGUGCUCGUUCUUCUUCUUCCAACGUUGCUGUUGAAACUCGUGCCCGUGGGAGCAGCUGGUGCAAAUAGCCAGUGGACCCACAUGUUGUUUCCUUAGGUUGUAGCCCCAGGGAGAGCAGCUGUUCAUCUCCAGCCCCGUGCAGCGUCCCUCGCAGGGGCUAUUGCUGGAGUCUCCCUUGUGUAAGCUGCUCAGGGAACCAUCUUCGGAGCAGGCCUCCUUGUGUUUGGGAACCACCACUGCUACCUGGGCCAAGAGGCCUCUUUUCAAGCGGGCUCUCUCUUCUACUGAGCAGUGGGAGAGAAGUUGUCCCUCUUCAGCCCAGCCGGCGUCCCUCCAGGGACUGUUGCUAGUGUCUCCUUAGUGUUCCUUUUUAGACUGUAAGCCCUUUGGGGCGGGGAACCAACUUCAGGCCCUCUUGUGCUUGGGAAUCCCUCCUGCUAACUGGGCAAAGAGGCACCUCGUCAAUUGGGGGCUCUCUUCUAUUUAACAGCGGGAGAGCAACUGUCCCUAUGUAGUCCAGGGUAGUAUCCUUCCCUGUGGCUCUUGUUGGGGUCUCCCCUGUGUUUUUUUAGAUUGCGAGCCUUUUCGGGACAGGGAAGUAUCUUUUUCCUUUUGCUAUGUAAACUGCUUUGAGAACUGUUUGUUGAAAAGCAGUGUAUCAAUAUUUUUUAAGGCUGAUGAUGAUGAUACUGGCCCAUCUAAUCCAGAAUUGUCUGUGAACAAUCCUGAGUUCUUGGAAGAAUGGCGAUUUAUUCUUCAAACUAGAGGUGCUAUGGAUUGAAACUGGGACCUUUUUAGAGAUGCUAAGAAUUUAUCUAAUCCCCUCUUCAAGCCAUCCAGGCUGUUGGCUGUCACCACAUCUUGUGGCAGAUAAUUCCAUAGGUUAACUGUGCGUUGUGUGAAAAAGUACUUUCUAGCACGGACCACCUUGCUGCCUCUAUGUUCUUUCCAACAUGAAUGCCCCAUCUUUUAUUUAAAUUGUGACUCCCUCUUAAUGUGUUACAUUAUAUGAGCUGCCUUAAACCAUUGGCUCAAAGCCGGUAUUGCCAACUCAGAUGGGCAGCAGUUUUCCCCAAGUUUCCAGGCUACUUGAAAGCCUUUUAACUGGAGACUGAACCUGGGUCCCUCUGCAUGCAAAGUAUUUGCUCUGCUACUGUGCUAUAUAGGUCUUUUCUGAACUUCCAGGCACAGAGGCAGUAUAUCUGAAUAGAAGUGUCUGGAGGAAAAGAAUAGGGGAGGCCUGUUGUCCACCCAUCUUGCUUGUGAGCUCCUCAGAUACAUCUGAUUGGCCACUGUAGUAAUGGGGAUGCUUGAACAAAUUGGACCUUUGGUCCAUUCCAGCAAGUCUCUUCUUACAUUCUUAACGGGAAAUGCCAGGAAUUGAACCUGGGACCUUCUACAUGAAAAACAAGUGCUCUGCUAUAACUGGUCUGCACAUCCACUGUGAUUUUGAUGGUUAAUCAGCAGCGCCCCCCUCCCAUAUACACAUGUCUUUCUCCUUAGUCAAUCUAAAUUUCAUUGAAGCUGUGUGCAUCUGUGUGUUCCACAACCAGCCAGCAUCUGUGAAAAGGCUGAAUGCAGCAUCUCAAGAAUCCUAGCUUCUUUGCUUUAUGAAAAGUGCAGUUUUGUUUUGCAGAAUUUUUUGUUUUGCAGAAUUCUAUCUGGUUGCAGGGCCCUGUAACCAGAGCAGAGCAUUGAAGUUGUCUUGGUGUAAUUUUUGAGUUUUAAAUUUAUUUAUUGGUUAUAUGCCCUCAUCACCCCUUUCUGACCCAAAUGUUUUUUUUUAAAAAAAAUCCAGUCUGUCUCUAUCUAUCUUGGUGCAUUAAUUUUCACUUUUAGUUCUAGAAUAUCUUAUUUUCUUAGUGUUGUCUACUGAACCCAAAGGGGAAAAAAGCAACUAUUUUAGCAAUAAUGGAACUGGUUAUGUGUGCUUCUGUGGAUGCAGGAACUCUUUUUUAAAAAUAACAAAUAAAAAUGUUUCGAAAACACACAAA